GAGUCCGAGGUGCCUUGGCUUCCUCAGCAUCAGCACAUCUGGCAGGGGGUCCGGCCAAACUCAGCCCCCACACCCACGGAGGCGGCUCCAGCUGGGUUUAUAACCCCCUGCCUCGAAGCCGGGGCUUCCUGCUCCGCUCACUGGAGGCUGAGCUGGGCCACGCCGACCCAGAGCUCCUGUGGGGGUGGAUCAUGGCGGGACUCUGCUCCCCGCUGGCCGCACUGCUCCUGCUGGUGGUGCUGCCGUCCCCAGCGCAGGGUGCUGAGGAGAGUCAAGACCAGCCAGUGUUCAGCCGUAUCAUCGGGGGGCAGGAUGCCCAGGAGGGUCAAUGGCCCUGGCAGGUCAGUGUGCAGGAAUAUGAUAAUGAAAAAUCUGAAUACCACCACAUCUGCGGAGGAUCCCUCAUCUCCGCCCAGUGGGUGGUGUCAGCCGCUCACUGCUUCAAUCGCUUUCUCCCUGACUCUGCGUAUCGCAUGAACCUGGGGGAGUACCAGCUCUCCAACCCCUCCCCCACCCGGAUCUCGUCCCCUGUGAAUGGCAUCUUCAGGCACCCCAACUACAACCAGAGCACGUUCUUCGCCGACAUCGCCCUGGUGCAGCUGACGGAACCUGUCAAUUUCACGGACACCAUCCGUCCCAUCUCCCUGCUUGGCCCCUCCACCCAGUUCCCAGCAGGGGAAAAGUGCUGGGUUACUGGUUGGGGCAAAAACGGGUCGGAGUGUAAAGAUACUCUUCAGCCACCCCGGACGCUUCAGGAGGUGCAGGUUCCUCUCGUCAAUGUGUCGACCUGCAGAGAGAACUUUGGGGAACAGAGCCACUGGAUCCAAGAUGACAUGCUGUGCGCUGGGUCCAGGGGUGACCCUAAUGGCCCCUGCAAGUUUGACUCCGGGGGGCCUCUGGUCUGUCCAAGGAAUGGCAGCUUCGUCCUGACUGGGAUCAUCAGCUGGGGCAGAGACUCCCCACCCCCACUCCCAAGGGUGUACGUCCAGGUCCCAGUCUAUGUCAACUGGAUCCAGAAUGUCACGGGUGACGCUGGCCUCUCGAUCGUCUCUCCUGCUGUACUCAGUCCCGGUACUACCCCACUGGGGUCCCUCAGCAAUAGCUUAGUCUGCUCAUGCCUAGCGCUGGCUCUGGCUGCACCACUCCUUGCUGGGCUCCUGCUGACAGCCCUGUGACCUGCCCCAUUGGGGCUCCCACCCAUGCCAACCCCCUGGAACAGAUGCACCUCCAGGUCACAUGGGAACCCCCCGCCAGCCGGGGUGUGUAUAGACCCCCCUUGGCACCAGGUCUGGGCCCCACAUUGCUGGGGCCUGUGGGACAUGGCUGGGAGAGGGUGGUGGAUGGAAGCUGAGGGGGUAGCUAUGGGGAGUGGGGAGCGCAGGGGAAAAGGGGUCAUAUCCAGCCCUUCCUGCAACUUUGCAAUACCUCCCGCCCCGGGGUGAUUGGGAUGCCAGUGGGGAAGGGCCCCACAGCCGCUUUGAUCCCACCGGUUGUGCUCCGAAAAUCAUCAAUAAAUCGGCUUUGCAAAUUCUGUCUCCUCCCAGCAGCAGCUGCGAC